AUGGGGUCCAUCAAUAAGCAAGUUGCACGGUACGAAAUCAGUGCUGUCUUCACUCAUCCUGACGCAUCCGUCGAUAUCGUCCUGGUCCAUGGUCUCAAUGGUCACCCCAAAAGUACAUGGACUUCGUCUUCGUCUCCGUCUCAACAUGACGAAGGUGUGUUCUGGCCCACAGAUCUACUACCACAGUCCCUGGGAAAGACUCGCGCCAAUAUCUUGGUCUAUGGCUACAACGCAGAUGUCUAUACAACCGGUAAAAGCACAAGUGCAAGCGACAACUUCAUCUACCAGCAUGCUCAGACACUGGUCACGAACCUCACCCUCUAUCGUAAAAGUGAGCGCACAGACAGGAAUCCCAUCAUCUUCGUCGCACACAGCCUGGGUGGCAUUCUUGUCAAACGAGCCCUCAUUUAUUCCAAUGACUUGAGAGACAAGAACCAAGAGGAUGCCAGAUCUAUCUUCGUCUCCACCUUUGGAAUCAUCUUCCUAGGAACGCCACACACCGGAUCUGACAUGGCAACAUGGGGUAUUGUUCUGCAAAAGAUGGCGGACGCUAUUGCGCCCAAGAAAAUGUUCGAGAGCGAGUCGGUGCUCCUCAAAACCUUGAAGAAGGACAACGAGACUCUGCAAAACAUCAAUAGCCAUUUUCUCGACUUUUACCAGCGUUUCAAUAUCCACAUGGCCCAUGAAAACCACAAGACCGACAUCAGAGGAACAAUGGUGACGGUGGUGGAUGCGAGUUCGGCCAGUCCGCAACUGCCAGGCGUUGUUUACUACGGCAUCGAGGCACCGCAUUCCGGAAUGUGCAAGUUCAACAGCAGCAGCGCUCCUGGAUACAGAAACGUUUCAACCGCUAUUCGGACAUGGGCAGAAGAGGCUCCGCCAGUCAUUCGAACCCGUUGGGAUAUGGAAAUGGACGACAGGAGAGCUAGAGCACAAUCCGAGGCAGCCGAGAUCACUCGCGAGUAUGGUAGUCCUCCAGAGACUGUGAUUUCAGGGCGAGAGGACUAUCUUGCAGAUCUUCACAAGCUGUUGAAAGACCCGAAGAGGCGUUCAGAGGGGACAUCUGCGGUUUUAAUUCAGGGCAUUCCUGGUGUCGGUAAAACACAUCUUACUCGGCAGUAUUAUUUCAAUCACAAGGACGAGUAUUCUGGGGGCGCAUACUGGAUCAGAUCUACCACGUUGCAAGACAUGGAAGACGGGUUCUGGCGCAUUGCGAAAACCCAGGCUAUCAAGGGCAUGGCUGCUCAAGAACAUAAGAAGGACUUGUUAAAUCCACACAACAUGGUCGAUGUCGUCAGACGGUGGUUCAAUGAGUCAAGCGAUUGGCUGCUGGUGUUUGAUGGCAUUCGCGUCAACGACAAAGCGAUUCUCAGAUACAUACCCGACCGGCCAAACAGCAGUCUUAUCUACACAUCAACUGACCGGUGCGAUCCUGGGUCUCAUCUUCUUGACAACCCCAGCAUGAUGAAGUUGCCUCUACCGCCGAUUCAAGACGCACAGGAGUUGUUGCUCGAAGAGAUGGGAAAGAAACACCCAUACAACACUGAUGAUCUCAGACGAGCUCAUGAAUUGGUACAGCUGAUGGGUCGCCUCCCUCUGAUGAUUCAUGCCGCUGCUGUGAACAUGAAUACCACUAGAGAACCGCUCGCAAAGUAUCUCAAGACCUUCCGGGACUCACCAAAAGUUGGCGAGCUUCCUGCAUACAUGGCGAUUCGAGAUCAGUUGCAAAGUCGCGGUAAUUACGCCGCGUUGAAUCUGAUCUACAUACUCUCCUUCUUCAGUCAAUUCAUGCCGGUUGAACUACUGGCUCUUGGUUUGGGAGCUUUGGACAAGCGUACACCUGUGAAGACGGAAACAACCAAGGGCAGAAGGAGUCUGACACAGACUUUCGUUACUUUAAUAAGCUUCGCUCUUAUUGAACGAAACGAAGCUGAUGACGUCUCUUCCUCGAGUUCGCAGAGCGGUAUCGACGCGACUCCUGAGCCUUUGGAUACACUCCGUGUUCACAGUGUUGUACAGGCGUUCUUUAUUGAACUUCUUACCAAGGAGGGACAGCUGAAUUUCUGGCUGGAGCGGGCCAUCCGCGUCUUCUGCGCGUCGUUCGAUGAGGCCUAUACCAGGAUGAACGAUGAGCCUGCCACUGGCCUUCCCGAAGACUACAGACAAUAUAUUCGGCACGGCAGGAGGUUGAAGGACCUUAUUGACCGCCAUGCCAUUGUUCGUCCGACUCACCGGUCUACAGAGCAACCCAGUUCGCAGUAA